GUAGUUAAUUUCCCAGGCCCCCCAAAAAAAAAAAAACACCUGUACAUAUAUGUGCAUAUAUAUAUGUUAUGUAUUGUUUUAGUCCAAAUUCAUUGUUUGUAUCAUGUUGGGACUGCGACUGAUGCUUAGGCUAUUACCGCUAUUGCUGUUGCGUGGAGCUCUUGCAGAAACAACAAAAAAGCCCGUUUUCGAGUUGCCGGAACGCUGCAAAUAUCUAAAGGACUCAAAAGAGCUGAUGCACCUGAGGUGCAAAGGUAAUUUCCCGCUGGUGGCAUAUACCAAAUUCCGUGAUACCUUUAUGAAGCAGACCGAUCGUAUGGCUCUUUUUAUGCCCAACUCUAUGGAUUAUGUGAUGGUUGCGCUCAAGGAAUCCGAACUGCAUGACUGCGAUAGCAUUCGACUGAUUGAGGUCAAUGAGUAUAUAUGCUACCCGAAGGAUGGCGGCAAGCGAACCGUCAAACUGAGAUCGGCUCGAAUGUAUUGCUUUCCAUUUCAUAUACAAUUGCCCGAUGAUCUGAUGCAUGAGUGCUUGGAUCAGAAGAUGCAGUCCUCUAGGUCUGCGUUGCAGGCCAGCGUGCUGAGGACCAAACGCGGCAUCAUACACUACACGUUCGACCAUGAUUCGGCUGUUCAAUAUUUACUGCCCAAACAAAUUGCCAUUUUUCUAACAAUAUUGAUUCUAUCAAUGCUUCUAUAUUUCUAAAUUGAAGAUGACAGGAUUCGAAUUGCGAGCAGCGAAUGCGAAUGCGAACAAGCGAUGAGUGACAAGUAACGAGAGAGAAGCAGCUAGAAGAAAACAGCGAGUAAGAUGCAGCGACUAAUCGACAACAACAACAAGAAAGAAUAAAACAAAGCAGAGGUUAUAAGUAGCGAUUAGUUAACAACGAAUUGUAAGUGGAAUCAGCAAACGAGUUAUUGUAGUGAUUAUCCAGACGCGACUAGAAGGCAACAGAUUAUCCAGGGAGUUCAGAAACCAACUAGUCAAAAACAGCAAGUAAUAGUCAGUGAUUUCCAGCAGCGAGGUAUGAGAAAGAAGAACAAGAAGCGAGUAAGGAACAGCAUGUCAGAAACAACGAGUAUGAACCGAAAUCAAUGAGUUAGUCAUUUAUUAAGUGGUGAAUGGUGAGCAACGAGUAAGCAGCAGCAAGCAACAAGUAAGAAACAGCGAAUGAGAUAUAAUCAGCAAAAAGAAUCACAAUCAACGAGUUAAAGGCAGCAAGAAAGAAUCAUUAAACAACAAAGAAUCAUUAAAGAAUCAUUAACGGCGAGUCGGAAUCAAGCAACACGAAGUGAACAAAUGUGAAGAAUAAUCAACGAGUUGUGGGCAGCGAGAGAGAUGCAGUAAAUAUUGGGCAACGAAUCAGAAGUAACGAGUUGUACGCAGCGAGUAAGAAGCGAGUUGCGUGCAAAUCGUUCCCACAAGCGAGUUGCCCUUCAGGAGCUGCCAUCGACCAGCUAUCUGCAGCGACGAGUUACAAAUAUCGAACUGUCAUCAGUUGAGUGUUGCCACCACAACGUGCUACAUUACAAAUAUCUAAAAUCUCUCUUCGUUAACCAAUUAACGGUCGUAAAUUUUAAUACGCAUCUCGCUAAAUGAGAUCCAUUGUGUGGAGUCGGGCCAUAGAGAUUGAUCAAAAGCCAAAAGUACAGAGUUCAAUAUUGAAAAAAAAAAAAAAAAUAAGCAUGAACAACCAAAAGUACUUUAAAGCUUUAAAUCGCUCCAGACAUGCCAGUCUCAUGAGAUGCGUUCGGAGUUGAUGUUGUGUUAAAUCGAAUUUCUUUUUGUUCAGUGUUAUUUUUAUCCAUGCUCAUCUGCGUGUUCAACUGCAAUGUUAAAUAUUUAUUUUAUAAACAUUAAAAUGCAUAUCGUA